AUCAUAUAAAGGAGAGUGUCAUUUACAUAAAAAAUAAAGUUUUUGAUUAAAGACCGUGCAUUUAAAUACUUUUAUGGUCAAACAUAUGUCUAGCUAAAGUGCUUUAUUUUUCCUGUUAAGAGCCAAUACUCAGAAACCUGUUGGGGCUUUUGAUUUGAGAAUGGCUGGUGCUACAGAAAAUAGUAAAAAUGCAAGAUAUUUAUCCGAAUCUUAAAAAUGACGCUAUAACUUGCAUGGAACUUCUUUUCAAAGUAAUCACUGAUGCAAUUAAAGCAAAACGAAAGAUUACGUGGCUACUCUACUCAUUUCUCCAUUAUCAAAAAACAAUAUUUGCUGAAACGGAAAUGAAUCCGUUUUAUUGCAAAUACUUAAAACAGAGGACUGAAGUUAGCUCUUCAUUACAAGCACAACAAUUAAUUGAUGAGCUCUUAAAGAAGUAAACUGAGGUUGGAAAUGAUAAAAGUGAAGAUGAAUCUUUUAAUGGUAUCCUUGGUGUUGCUAUCAAAUACAGUCAGUGCAUCGUUUAAGAAAAAGAACUCAAAGGCUCAAUGUUCAGCAAGCUGUGGAAUUCCCGGGGUUCCCGGAGUUCCCGGUGUACCUGGAGCAGCCGGACGAGACGGUUUAAAAGGAGACGUAGGAUCUAAAGGAGAAAAAGAUGAACGAGGUAAUCCUGGUCCUCCGUUGAAAAAUGACAUGAGCUUUUCAAGCUGGAAACAAUGUUCUUGGAAAAGAAACGAUGGUAAAGAUCAUGGAUUAAUUCAGAAUUGUGUAUUCACAAAAAAGUUUGACAACACUUCCCUUCAAGUGUUUUAUGGAGGAACCUUGCGAAUUUAUGGGUGCAAUGUUUGUUGCAAACGUUGGUAUUUUACUUUCAAUGGAGUUGAAUGUAAAAACCCUCUUCCUAUUGAUGGAGUUCUUUACAUGAAGAAUGGAGAGUCACAAAAUAUCCAUCGACAUCGUCACAUUGAAGGAUAUUGUAACAAAAUUCAUAAAGGAAAAGUGCAAGUUGGAUUCUGGGUCGGCAAUUGUGCAGGUUUCGGUAACGCAGAUGCAUCCACUGGAUGGAAAUCAGUUUCUCGUAUUGUUAUUAGAGAGGUUCCUCCUCCACAAGAUUAAUUCCUUUUGUAUGUUCUCUUCUCGUAAAAUCAGUAUUUAAAUUCCCGUUCUGGUUUUUUUUCGUUUUUUUACUGUAUUGUACAUCUAGUAUGCAACAUAAAUUUUACAAUCGUAUAUAUAUAUUGCAAUCUAUAAUCGCUAAACUACCAAAAAAUGGGACUUCCUUUGAGAGAAAAAUAGGAAUAGUUCAUAUGGUUUGGUAUUUGCUAUCAUCCAUUUACAAAGUGUUGUUUCAUUACUAUGACUUUCAUAGAAUAUAUCUUGACUCAUUUUGGAAGUCAUUUCAAAGUAUUCACAAUAAGAUUAGUACUCAGGUCAACCAUCUGAGCUUUAGUCGAAAACUGAUAUUGAGUUUGUCCGACUCGGCAUUUCAGCCAAUUGAAUUCCACAGCGACUUUACAUCAAUAUUGCAUACUAUAUUUUUUCUCAGUUCUCCAAAGAAACACUAAUUUAAAAAUAAACUACUGAAUUGCCAAAUA